UCAAAACUCAUUGGAAUUCUUGGUUCAACUUUAUUUUUUGGAUUGACAAACAUGCUUUUCAAUUAAAAGAUUUUUACUUGAACGAAGAUCUAGUUAAUAAUGAAGGAAAAGCAGUUCAAAAAUUAAUAUCAACUUUCAAAGAUCCUUUACUUACUUUUGAGUUUGAAAUCUUGACUAUGUUUGUCAUAUUUAAUGCACAAGAGUAA